CGUGUCGAGUGAUGCAAGAAAACAAAACAAGUGAAUGAUCACUCGAUCGACAAAAUUCGUUUGCUGGAGAAUGAAGUGAGACGUGAAUGAAGAGAUUGCCCACCUCAUUCAAAACGUAUAGGUAUAUGAAUCGAGCUAAAGCAGUCGUUCAACAGCAGUCAGUGUCAGUGGUCGUAUUCGAGAGUUUGAACAAGUCAAUUAAAAUUAGGAUGGAUGUGUAAAGUGAUUGAUACCACUUUGGAGCCAUUUUUUAGGUUUAAUUACAGUUGGAAGUGCAAUUUUUAAUGCAACAUGUAGUGUAACGCGCAAGGGAUCUAUUCAAUCAUGAAUCGUUGACGAGAGUGAAGAAAUGUUAUCAACAAGUGGGCUAAGGGGCAAUUUAAGGCUGCUUUUAAAUGGUGGGUUUGAUGCUUUUAAUUGCCCAGUAUUAAUCGCAUUUAAAAUAAGCAUCAUUCAUCGUAUUAAAGGUUGAUGCGCGCUAUGGCGAAAAUGGACUCUGUGGAGAUGAUCAUGUAAAGUGGUCUGGCGCCCCGUGGCAGUAGUGUAGGCAGAAAGAGAGAGUAAAAGAAAGAGCAUUAUUAGUCGUGUGCCAUAAAUUAGUGUUGAGCCGAGGUUAAGUCCAUAUCGGCCUGAUCUAGGUUAACAGAAUGACAAAUUCUGGUCAUGCAGUGGUUGUUUGGGAGUUUGAAUCUCGCGGUGCCAAAUGGCUACCGUACAGUCCGGCUGUUUCACAGCAUCUAGAAAGGGCUCACGGCAAAAAACUCACUCGAGUUUUGCUAAGCGAUGCGGAUCCUUCUCUGGAGCAGUAUUAUGUCAAUGUUCGAACUAUGACACAAUGCUGUGAGGAUCAAGAGUUCGCAGUGACAAAUGUUCGAAGGCAUUUCUACAAACCAAGCUCUCCGGCUGGUAAAGGAACUAAAUGGGAAUGGUGUGGCUCUUCUGGGAAUGACUGGCACAGUUACACGAUGGAGGUUCAGUGCGUGAUAGAAGAAGCAUGGGCUCGAGGUGAUCAGACAAUAGAUCUUACGAAGACUAAUCUCAACCUGCCGUAUACAAUCAACUUUCUGAAUCUCACGCAAAUACGGCAUCAAAAUGGACCUCUAAGAAGCAUACGAAGAAUACAACAGGCUCCGUAUCCCCUCGUAAAGCUACCUCCUAAUCAGCAGGCACCUUCGACGCCUCACCCUUCAAUUUCCGUUCCCAAUCUUCCCCCAAAACCAAAUCAAAUAAUUUCGAGUGGAGCAAGCUCGUGUUCAUCAACUACAUCUGGGUCUCAACAGUCUACAUCGCACCUUCACUCGAAAUCAAAAUCCCAACCAAUACUGUGUGCUAACCACCAGAAACGACCCACCAAAGCCCUCAAAGCCAGCAAACAGUUAGACAUGGUUCCGGUCACUCCGACCAAUCUUGCACGUCAAAUUCUGCACAAUCUCAACAUCUUUGGAACAAAACAUUCUCAACAUCAAGAGCUCUCCGACUACCCACCAAACAUCAAUCCUUCCACGUCGAGUCAGCACCACAGCCACCCCCAUCAACAUCAGCAGUUUCACCCCGGUAACUCUCACCAGCAAUCGAUUCGGAGUAAUCCGAGCACUCGGUCGAUAGGAUUCCAAAGACACCGAAGUAAAUCUCGCAGCCGUGGUGAAUCGCUUAUCGAAACCGAUUCGUCCAGCAUAAAUUCGGGGCGGAGACCCAGCGUAGACACGGUGUCCACCUACCUCAGCCAGGAGAGUAAGGACAGCACCGAUAGGAAAAGCAAUAACCUGGGAUCGGUCUCCGAUCUGUUGGACUGUUCGAUGGGAAGUGACGAUGUGUUCACUUCUGCAUCAUCUCAGCCGAGUAUUCCUGGAGCGAUUGUCGGAGUGGACCCGGCUAGUGAUAUGAUAUCGCGAUUCGUGCGGGUGGUAGAUCCGCCGCAAUGGCCUCAUGCCCAACCCUGUCCGAUGUGUAUGGAAGAGCUGCGACAUAACAAUCAUAAUCCAACCGUUUCGCUGUCACGCUGUCAACAUCUUAUGCAUUUGAACUGCCUGAAUGAGUUAAUUCUGGGACAACAGAAGGAAAAUCAAAAAAGUCUUUACAUCGAAUGUCCGAUUUGUAUGUCUGUUUACGGUGAGAAAAUAGGGGAUCAGCCUCCGGGAACAAUGUCAUGGAUCGUCAUACCGCGCAGCCUGCCUGGCCAUGAAGGACAGAACACCAUCCAAAUUACAUACAAUAUUGCGUCCGGUAUUCAAAGCAAAGAGCAUCCCCACCCGGGACGGGCUUUCUUCGCCGUAGGAUUUCCACGGACGUGCUUCCUGCCGGAUGGCAUCUUGGGGCGUAAGAUUCUCCGCUAUUUGAAGAUAGCCUUCGAUCGGAGGCUGCUGUUUUCCAUUGGUCGUUCGGCAACUACCGGAAGGGAAGAUGUAGUACUUUGGAACAACGUGGAGCACAAGACGCAGUACUCGAUGUUUCCGGAUCCACAGUAUAUGCAGAGGUGUAUGCAACAACUGGUACAUCUUGGUGUAACAGACUGAGUGCGAUUAAAGCAAUUGUUUUGUUUUUUUUCUGUUAUAAUCAAACGUACUGAAGUGACAAGACUGUGAGUUCGUGUCCGUGUUCCAAUAGGCACUAAUCAGAAGCAGCUAAGAGUUCAAAUGGGAUUAUAUCUCCCAGUAAGAAUAAAAAAAUCUACAGUUUUUUUUUGUUGAUAAUUGUUUUUUUCUAUUAGCAAAAAUUAAGUAUUCUGAAAACAGUAUUGUAUGUUUUGUACAAGAAACUAUAUAUGACAUUUUUAAAUCUAAGGGAUCUUUAACGAAUCAAUAAAAAAAUGAUCUCUAUGGUCCAUGAACGUGAAGAUAUUCUAACUCCUGGACGCGAUAUAGAAACUUUUAAUGUGCCAAUAUGAAGAAAUUUGUAAAUAGCGUAAAAUUACACAAACACUUAGACAAAUAACGCGAACAUUCAUACACAAGCACUAUAUGUACUGUUAGGAAAAUAGGAAACCUCUAAGAGGUUAUGAUCUAUUAUACGUUUUAUCUAAUGAAACCUUAUCUUAUUGCAACUUGGUUUCACGCAACAGCCAUCUUCCAUUUAAAAAUCUUCCAAAAUAUGUAUAAAAUAAGUAUAACAAGGUUGCUAGAUAAUAGUCCACUUUAAUGUAUGUAGAUAUUUUUAGUUGAAUGAUUUAGCUAUAUUUUUGAACAUUCAGAAAUCAUGUUCCUUCUGAUCUUAUAAAAGCGUAAUAGUGCAUAAUCAAAAUUUCAAGUUACGUAUCUAUUGACAAAUGAGUAAAUUUCAAGUGAGCACAUUAGAUAAUUGUAGGCUUGAUUCAAUAAAUUGAAGUAAAUUUAAAACGUUGUUU